AUGUCUGGACAAUUUCAGCAUGGCCCUUCAUCACAGCUGCAACAGCUGCCUGUCUCUAGUGCGUUCCAUUAUGUUCCAUCAACUUCGCAUCGAAUGUACACGACAGCGCCACCCCAAUCAGCUCCACCACCACGCCCACAGACCUCUAUGGCAACGCCGUCGCAGCAUGCCCAAAUGCUACCACCGCAGACUCCCAUGACAAUACCGUCACAGCACACUCAAAUGCUGCCGCCACAGUCUUCUUUGGCAAGGCCGCCUCAGUAUGGCCCACUGCCCUCUCAAGUGCCACCAUACCCGCCGCCGCCUUAUGGAGCUACCCGCACAACCACCUAUUACUGGCCUCAACAGUACGAGCAACGACAGCCUCAGUACGUUCACCGACCACAGGCUACGUAUGCACAAGCAGUGCGUCACCAACCGUAUCCACGGCCUACCCAAAUGCAGCCACAGCAAUGGGCUACAUAUCGGCAACACCAGUUCGUACAGCCUCGCCCACCGCCACCGCUGCAACAGGGAGUUUCCCAAUUGCCAGCGCAGCAAGUCGCAUCUUCGACGCAGACUGUACAAAGUCAAGCACAGCAGAGUACUACUCAACAGCCGAUACAGCAGUCACUGCAGAACCCACUGCCAGUACAGCAACAGGAAUCUCCACAGCCCCAGCCAACAACCUCUAAAGCAGGGAGGCCUGGCACGGGAGCACGGAAACGACAAGUGACUCCAAGACGGAAACCGACAAAACAGGAUAAACAGCCAAAGACCACCAAACAGAAUCCUGUAACAGAAGGCCCUCUUCGACUGGACAGCUAUGAAAAGUACCGCGCAGACAAAGAGAACAAAUUACUACGAAAAAGAGUCAAUACCACGGAAUACUUUGUAACUCCAGACGUUGUACAGGAUCAUAAUCACACGAACCUGUUGGAGGUGCAGAAACGACUCCCUCCUUACCAAGACUCUACUCAAAAGGAGAAACAACGCAGAAUGGAGAUAGAAGGCGCGCUCCAACAACAAGCGAGCGAAAUUCUAGCAUCAGCCUACAGGCAAACAUCGGCAGAACGCUCCAGAUACGCUAUCUCUCCUUUACUGCCACAAACGACACCAGCAAUCAGUUAUCAGACAAAAGCCUGGAUCUUUGAGCACGCAAGAAGCUCCCCUGUUCCCACAGACUCGGAUCUUUCACUGAUUCAACCACCAGCUCAACCAGCAGCAACACCAGCAACACCAAACACUGCACUUGUGCAGUCAACAUCUCAAACUAAAAACUCUGCUUCUUCAAGCACACAAUCAGUGCCCGAACACAGUAAUUGA